AUGCCCAAGCUGUUUGGUGCCAUGGACGACAUCGCCAAAGUGGCUCGUGCUGGAGCCUACAGCACUUUGUGGCUCGGCCGAUUUGCCAAGCGAUACUACAACAGCGCCGUGAAUGGCACAUGUCUUCUUUGCAACAAUCUCAAGCCGGAUGGCCAUGAGAACACCACCAUCUGGACACCCGAGGGAGACAAUAAACCGACUACUAGCCUACCUGGGGGCGGCAUCAUCAAGUCGCCAGCAUCCGGCAGGAAUAUCCUCGCCCUGACUCUGAAGGAUCUGUCUACCACCAAAUUACUCCAGUGUCGGGAUAUUGACCCCAAGACUGGUGUUCCUGUGAGGGAUUGCCCAUACUGUCGGCUCCUCUGCGAGAUAUUUGAUCACUUCUUCAUCGACGAGUGGAUGAGCUGGGUCACAGAAACCCGGAAUGGGAUGCCGAUUAGCUUCGGCUUGAUGAUUCGGCAAGGCGCUCCUCUUGUUGUAACAACUAUCGGAUUCGUCCAUGACAAGUAUUUGAAGAAUGCCCGCGCAGAUGUCGAGUUGUAUCUUGACUACUCUCCGCCUCCGCCGGCCAUACCAGCCCUUCCGGCAAUUGGCCCGGCCGGUAUCAGACAAACCGACACUCGAUCUCCAGCCUGUAUGUCGUUCAUCAAAGACAGCGUUGACCAAUGUUAUCGAGAGCAUACACUUUGUCGCAACGAAGCUCGGGGCUUCAACCCUACGCGAUUGCUCCAUCUCGACGGCAAAGACACUCAUCUACGUCUCUACGAAACCGCCGGAUGGGAGCAGCCUGUUCGCUAUGCAGCCUUUAGUCACUGUUGGGGUGGAAGUGAUCCGGUAAAGCUGACAGCUGCUACCUUGGAAGGCUUCAAGGAGGGCAUCGACGUUUCUGUAUUGCCAAACACAUUCAAAGAUGCAUUAUCUGUAUCGCAAGAGUUGCAGAUUCCCUACGUUUGGAUCGACUCUCUUUGCAUCAUCCAGGGCGACGAAGCGGACUGGGAGAUAGAGGCAGCUCGUAUGGAACAGGUCUAUAGCAGCGCAUACGUUGUCAUCACCGCCGCCUCUUCCCCAAACCCAGAGACGGCCAUUCUCGGACCUAGAGAAGCCGAGUGGCUCCCAAAAACGUUUGAUUUGCCGGUCACUCCUGAUGUCAAUAUCCCCAUCGUUGCGCGAAAGCGCCAUAUCCUAGCGGCCCCCAUGGAGCAAGGACAAUGCGAACCGCCAUUUGCCAAUACGGGGACAGACCUCAAACGCAUUGGGCCUCUCUACAAUCGCGGUUGGUGCUUCCAGGAGGCUUAUCUCGCAUACCGGAAUCUUCAAUUCACCCCCGGCGCGAUUGUAUUUGAAUGCAAGACUCACCGCAGGAGCGAGGACCAACUCCCGCCUUAUCCAUCCACCAUCCCAAGUGCUCGAGAGUCUGUGGACCCUGCUGAGCAGUGGCACAGGAUUGUAAAGUCCUUUACCUCGCGCCAGCUGACCUAUGGCAGUGACAAGCUGCCCGCCAUAGGGGGGGCAGCAAGGACCAUGCCCCAGGCGCAAACUACGCAGUACGUGGCAGGCCUGUGGCAUUCCACACUUCUAUUUGAUUUGAUGUGGCAUGUGAUGCCAUACAUGGUAUUGGCUGGCCAGGAUCGUCAGGCGCUUUCCUACGACGAUCACGACGGAGGUCCGCCAACGUGGUCCUGGGCCUCCAUGAAUUGGGGAGUGGUUUGGUCGCAGUUCCCCAGAACACAACUAGUAGCCGAGCUAUUGGACUAUAAGGUCACCGGCAGUCAUCUGGACCCGUAUGGCAAGGUAACAGGCGGUCUACUCACACUGCGCGGCCGGCUGAAGAGGUGCGAGUUGAGGUCAGACGGCGCCCUCACCCACGAUGCCUUCUACAUACAGGCUGAUGGGACAAGGAGCGAACUGCAGCAUUACCGCACCGAUGGGCCAUUGUCGUUUGAACAUGAAGCUGGUCCAUACGGCGCCCGGGUGAGAAGGGGUCGCCAGGGACCGUACUCGGGGAACUUGGAGACUACGGCGGUUGUCUUAUUCAUAACUAGCAACACGCUCUUGGCAAAUGGUAUGUGGAAGCAAUAUCAAGGUCUAGUGCUGGGCACCUCGCCACGCUCACCUGGUUGCUUGGAGCGUGUAGGCUUGAUUUGGAGGCUGCCCACGCACUGGUACGAUACUGCUGAGGAGGGUACAGUUCAAAUAGUUUAA